AUGUCGCAACCGCAGGAAGUCGCUUCGCCUGUGAUCGAAUCGCACACCGGUCCCGAUCCCGUUCCAGAGCUAGAGAAACAAGAGAAGCAGGAAACACAGGACACAGAAGAGAAACACGAUGCACCAGACGUUCAGGAGAAAAAAGAUAUAACAGAGACACCGGACAAGCAAGAAAUAACGCUUGAGAUGGAGGACAAAUCGGACAAGGAAGAGACCAAUGAAAAGCCCGACGAGAGAACAGAGAAGACUGAAACGAAGCUUGAAGACAAGUUUGAAGAUAGUAGCGAGGAUGACUCCGACGAUGGCACUGAAAAAAAGCAGCAGCAGAAGGUGGAUGAGAAGCCCGAGGAGAAGCCCGAGGAGAAGCCCGAGGAGAAGCCAUCGCAAAUCGAUACCAAUAUCAAGAGGCUCUCGUCUGGCAUGGAGUCUGACGACAGUGUGUCGGCUUCUGACGCGGACGACAAGUUUGAAGAUGCUGUAGCGCAAUCCCCUACACGUUCACUUACCAAACGAACCAUCUCGCAUGUUAAAGCUCCUAGCAGUUCAACAGAAGAGCAAGCUGAUAGGCGGUCUGAGGAGUCGUAUACUCGAGAGGAUAUCCAGGAGCCCAGCUUCGCCCAACACAAGGCAACUGCCUCUGAGUCUGGCAGCAUUGCAAGUAGCAUCCGCGAAAGGCAAUCGCAACGGAAAGCAUCCGUGGCCUCCUCACGUAUCUCCAACACAUUGAACCUGGAUAAUGUCAGCCUUGACGACGAUACGCCUCCAUCUCCAUUACCAAAAGACCUCCCGCCGAAGCCAGUCAGCAAAACAAUUUCACUGAAUAGCAUCUCUCUCCCUUCUAUGCCAUGGUCGCCUGCCGCUGAGCCUGCAAAAAGCCCAGUGCCACCGACAGCUACACUUGCGCCUUCCCCACCGGCGCCACCACCUAGUCGAAAGCUAACAAGCCCCUUCUCUUGGCUUUCUCGAAGCUCGAGUAAAGAAAGAGAGCCUCCCCUCCCACCGCCUCCUACUGGCCGAAGAAACACAGGCGGUUCUAUUGCUACCCUUGCUAGUAACCCCGAAAUGAUGUUGAGUCGACUUGAGGAAGAGAAGGAUGGAGACUCGCUACCCGGCGAUCCUGUCCAAAAGGUAACUUUGCAAGACAGGUUCAAGCAACUAAGACAACAGGAAGAGGCUGCUCGUGCGUUGGCAGGCGGUGAGAAUGUCAAAUAUGACGGGGCACUUGGCCUCAGUUUGCCUGGCGAUGAUGGACAAACUCAAGAUAAACCCCCAUCAUCUCCUGUCCCCCAGCCCAUUUCUGGCCUAGCGCCAGGUACAGUUUCUGGUGUUAACGCCGGCCCCUCUGCUAUUUCAGAGGAAAAAGUCGACUGGGACUUGUGGCAAUCUGUUGUUUAUGAGGGGCCAACUGCUGUGGCUCGCACAAGCGCCGAAGAACUGAACAAAGCUAUUGCAACCGGCAUUCCUAGCGCCAUUCGUGGUGUUGUAUGGCAGGUGCUGGCUGACAGUAAGAACGACGAUCUCGAAUUAGUAUACAAAGAUUUGGCGACUCGGGGCACAGAUAAGAGCAAGGACCGCAACAGUCACAGCACAACCGCCAGCUCGCUAAGUAAUGGAAACCUCAGUGUUCACAGUGGAGAUGCCGUUGCGUCUUCCGCUUCCUCUAUUAACUCGGACAAUUCAGGCAAUGGUCCAUCUUCUCCCCCAAAUGAGAAGAAUGCAGAGGCAAUACUGAAGGCUCAAGCUGCGGCCGCGGCUGAGAAAAAGCGAAAGGACAAAGAGGAUGCUGCUUCGUUGCAAAAACUUGAAAAGACGAUUCGUCGUGAUCUUGGUGCUCGCACAAGCUAUUCUAAGUAUGCAGCAGCUGCCGGGCUUCAAGAGGGCCUGUUUGGUGUCUGCAAAGCAUAUGCUCUGUUCGACGAAGGUGUUGGAUAUGCCCAAGGCAUGAACUUCCUCAUCAUGCCUUUGCUGUUCAACCUCCAGAUGCCCGAGCAAGAAGCUUUCUGUCUUCUGGUGCGGUUGAUGAACCACUACAAGCUACGAGAUCUUUUCAUCCAGGAUAUGCCCGGGCUGCACAUGCAUCUUUACCAGUUCGAACGUCUGUUGGAAGACUUUGAGCCAGCACUCUAUUGCCAUCUCCACCGAAAGGGGAUCUCGCCUCACCUUUACGCUACCCAGUGGUUCUUGACGCUCUUCGCCUAUCGAUUUCCCCUUCAAUUGGUUCUCCGCAUUUAUGAUUUGAUCUUUUCCGAGGGCCUGUCGGCGAUCUUGCGCUUUGGUAUCGUCUUGAUGCAGAAGAAUGCCAGCAUCCUCCUAGGGUUGUCUGACAUGCAGCAGCUCACCACAUACUUGAAGGAUAAGCUUUUCGAUGUGUAUAUUGACAAGGAUCCCAGCCAGGGCAGCCUUCUGGAGAAUGGAUUCUUUGGAAGUUCAAGUUCCAGUAUGGAUAAAGAGGUCUACCGUGCAGAUCAGCUCGUCAAAGAUGCUUGCGAAGUCCAGAUCACCCCGGAGAUGCUCAAAGCUUAUAGCACUGAAUGGGAAGAGAAGACCAAGGCCGAGAAAGACCGCGAGAAUGAACUCAUGGAACUCCGUUCAGCCAAUCACAGCUUUUCCAUCAGGCUCCGGAAGAUGGAGGAGAGAGUUGAAGCUUGCGAUCGUGAACAGGCCGAUCUAGCAACGGAACUUGUGCAUACCAAGGUCGAAAACCAGGAGCUCAAGGACGAGAAUGAUAGCAUGCGAGGUCAGGUCCGCGAGUUGAAGAUUGUCAUCGAGAAGCAACCGAUGGAUCUCGAAGAGAGAUGGAAACUCGAGCGUGAUGAUUUGAUGAAACGCAAUAUGCAUGUCCAUGAGGAGAACCAGAGACUGGAGAAGGAGCUGGGCGAGCUAGAAGAAGAGUUGGUUCAGACCAAGCUGCGUUAUGCAGAGAUCAACUCUCAGCACGAGACCCUCAACCGCAAGUGGACUGACUUGAAACGUCAAUUUGCGUAG